AUGCCCCUCGUUCGCCGCCCCAACAAUGCUAGCUUCAUCGCCGGUGCCCGCGCAGACCUGCCCUUCCUCCUCCCCUUCCUCGCCCCCAGCCUUUCCACCGAGCCAUCUGCAGGAACGAGGGGAGCACAGCACCAUGUCAAGAGCCCGAAGACAACACAUGGCAGAGUGGUGGAGAAGGGAGAAGGCAGUCACGUGAGCUUGAAGGGACGAAAUAGGAACGCUGAUUUACAGCCCAUCACCACUACAUCCAUUCAUGAUGGUCACGGUCACGCAGAAGAUGGACGCUGGCGACAGGCACGAGGAGCGGCUUCUGCUUCUGGACUUGCCCAACAUCCACCAAGACAGACGGCCCCCAAUUCUUCAUGGAGCCCAUCAAGUGUCUGCCAGCUCUAUGCCGACAUUUUCGCCAUCGCUCGUCAGCAAAGACGAAGUUAUGCCUCAGUUGGGGCCUGGAAUCCAGACGGCUCAGGCCCCCAAUCGCCGUACUCGACAUACAAUCCGCCUGUCAACGAGGCCAAGGAAGAACACAUAGCCCAUGAGCGCUCCGCUGCUCUGGCCAUCGAGAAGGAGCGUCUGCGGGUCUUCCUCGCUCGUUACGGACAACUGCAGGAGAAACAGUUGAUGAAAAAUGGACAAUACCGAUCCUUGCUUCGUCGUAUUCUCAAUUUCGAAGAGUGGCAUAUGCAAGAAUUGCAUGUCUCCACAGAAUUGCAUCGCGGCGACUGGCUCAUCCGGACCUUCGCUGCACUAGAUCGGUGUACAUUUGUUCAUAUGAGACAGCACACACGCAGAACCAAGAUCAUCCACAAUCCAGAGUGCACAACGUGGUGCUCGAAACUUCUCGAGGGCUUGGAUGAGGAAGGACAGUCGCGCAUGUGGAAGAACUGGGUCAAAAUCGAACGUCCUCUCCAAGAGUCAAUCUGGCGGCCACUCUUAAUCUAUCUGCUCGAUUGCAAGCCUAGUCGUGCACUAGACUUUAUGGAGGUACUCUGCCAAGAUAAACGCAUCAAAAAGAACCUAGAUGUCGCAGUGCUUGCAGAUGCUUUGGGUCAUCUGUCCAGUCUACACCGAAACGGACAAUACGAUACAGAUCCGGACUGGAAUCCAGACUUUGUUAUCAAUGAGCUAGAGUUUGUCCCUGGAUUUUACCGUAUUUUCAUUUGCAUGUUUACGGAGCGCACGUACAUGCUCCCUCAGGACCUUAUCUACAGCCUUUCCCAAUUUGCAGAAACGGAAGAUCUCAAAGAGAUAUUUGACCUCCUCAUCGAGUGCAAAUUCCACUUCAGCUUCGAUACGCUACUACACUGUGCUAAUGUCUUUGCCGAGGCAGGGGAAGUGGAUUAUGCGCUGCGAUGUCUGGAGAAGCUCAGCGAAGGUUGGCGUGGCGAAGGAGCUUGGGAUGAGGUGGUGAAUCGUCAAAGACUCCGCUGGACUUGUGCGCUGAUAUUGCGCAAUAGCGCGAGUCAGGAAUCAGGUUAUCGCGCAACGCCGGGUCUGGUCGAGACUUUUGUGCGCAUGGGUGUGAAGAUGGAUCUCACCCUUUACAACGUCGUCAUACACAAUGCCAUGGAGGCAGGAGACUAUGCGACAGCUUUCAAACUUUACAACUCGCUGGAAGAGCAUAAACUCAACCCAGACACGCACACCCUCGGCAUCUUACUACAUGGGUGCAUACUACAAGACAACCCCGCUAUGUUCGGAGAUUUCGCAAGACAUUGCGAAAACGUCGCCAGAGAGACGCAGAAUGCUUGGCUAGCGUCAGAGUACUUAUACUACUGCUACGUCCGUCUUCAGGACAACGCGGAUGUUGAAGAGUCCACGACUGACUUGUGGCUCGCAUACCUCAAACUCUUCCAAGCAUCAGGGUUGGAGUCACUCGUGAGUUUGCGAAGGCAUCGUCUAAGGGACGAAAUUGCGUCCUCUACACUAGAAGCAGGCAUCCCAUUGAUAGACCCUUCCCCAAUGGCGGUCUACAUACUGUUGCAGGCGGAGAUCAAGUACGCAAUGUCUCUGGGUGAUCAACCUGUGCAGAUCCUGUAUGAUCAAUUCAAAGUCCUUGUUCUCCUGGGACAGCAUCCGAAACUCAGCGAGUUAGCCAAACAGCCCAUUAUCUGGAACGCCUUUCUUCUAGCCUUUUGUCGAAAGUUGCAGUUUGCCAGUGCCAGCCAAGUGAUCAAGGACAUGAUGGACAACUCGCCGCAGCCAAACAUCUACAGCUGGAACAUCUUCAUGCAGGCCUUCUUCAAAUCCGGGCAAGUGCAGGCCGCCGAGCGCGUCUUUGAGAUUAUGCGCAGUCGCGGUGUCGACCCGGACCAGUACACACACGGCGUGAUGCUUCGCGGGUACGCAAAGGCGCAGCUGGUCGAUCAAAUCGGCGAGACGAUGCAGCAUGUGGAUGCAGAGCACGAAAUGGAUCCCCAUCUCCUUCAGACGCUGUCGAGAAUGGUCGACCGCGAGAAGCUGAUGCGCGUGCUAGAGGAGUCUCGCAUGGCAAAGCUAGCCAGGCUACAAGAGCAAGCGAAAAAGGAAGCGGCAGAGCGUGCAAAGAGGUGGGCUGUCCCAGAGUUCAUCGACCCCGAGGAUGAAGUUGCAGAGCUCCGCAAACUCGAGGCUGAGACGCAGACUGGGGUUGAUGACGAGGACGAGGAUGUGAUUCAGAAGGCAGAAGAGCAGGUGAAGGAGCUACAGGGUCGGUUCGUACCCCCUGUCAAGCCGAAGGAGCGAAGGCGGCGGAGGCGCAGGAAGACGAGCCUGGAAUCUGGGAAUGGCGAAGAGUACUUUUGA